AUGUGUAUCAAAUCAGCAGAGGGAUCCGCACCAGUUCUCGGUACGACACUUGAUAUUGCUGGUUCCUUCAUGAACCAUUCAUGUAAUCCCACGGCCUUCGUAUUUUUCGAAGGGAGACAGAUGCGAGUCCGAACCUUGCGCCCACUGCGUGCUGGAGAGGAGAUUACUCAAUCAUAUGUGGAGCUGUCUUCUUCUAUUUUCCUUCGAAAGAAAAUAAUCGAAAAUGACUACUUUUUCAAGUGUCUCUGUCUGAGAUGCGAAGAUGAAAUGAAAGAGCUCCAGGAAAAGGCUCUGCAUGACACUCAGUGGUUAGUCAAGCUCGAGAAUGCCCAGCAACGCUUAUUAGAGCUUGCAAACAGUGCAGUUGGCCACUACAAUCAAACGGGCAUACAUAUGGAGCUGGGAAAGCUAGAGGAAGAUGCCAAAAAUAUCAUUUGCGAGCCAUUUCCAAAUGGUGUAUGGCCGAAUGGCAUGCCGCCUCUGGCUUCGGUUCAUAGGACCUUCGCUAAAAUUUGCAAAAGUAACAAUAAUGUCCCAGGGGCACUGCGUUACUCCUUCAAAGAUUCACUCACUCAGCAAGAUCGCGUGGGCGGCCUUUGGGUUCAUUCUUUAUUUGAUAUAAUCCAAAUUAUAUCGUUGACUGUUAUCUUGCCGGACCAACAUCUGAUUUUCAAGGAAAACAACCUAUUUAGCAAAGAUGAUUGCUGGAAUGUCCUUCAUGGUUAUCUAGGCGAGCUGAAGCGGGCUGCGACCCUAACCUUUGGAUCAGACUCUAUCUAUACGAGAUCUAUUGCAGAUUGGUAUUCGAAAGCUAUGCUUUCUGUCGACCCGCCGCGUCCUGGAACUCGAAGUUUUAAGGCUGUUUAUGGUUUAUCUCAAAAAAAGUUGCUUAAAUGGGCAGGGAUCGAGGAAAGCAGAGGAAUUGAUAUAUUUGUGAUGUGA